AUGGACCGCCUGGUCGCUCUCUGGAGCCUCGACGCCAAGAACGGCGCGCCCCUGAUGAAGUGGAGGCUCUGCUGCCUGGGAGGCCACGUGACCUCGAUCAGGACGGACGGGGCGAACGUCCUCUUCGUGGGCUGCGGCGACAGCAGUGCCCGCAUCAUGGACCUGAUGCACCGGGAGCACCGCCAGCACUGCUGGGUGCUCUGGCGCGGCCUCAGGUCGCCGAUCACGAGCCUGGCGCCCGCUCCCAGCCCCGGCAUCUGGGCCUACGGGCAGCAGGACGGCGGCUUCGGCAUGGUGCCCGUGUCGGCGACGGACGGUCCUGGGAAGGCCGAGCCCCUGUCGUCGAGGAGCCACCCCAGCGGGGUGUCGCAGGUCUGCUGGGUCCGGACCGCGGCCUUCUUGGCGCACCUGGCGCUCGGCACUGGGGCCAGCGGCUCCACAGAGGAGGCGGCGUGCGCGGAGCCGCCGGCGGCAGCAGCAGCGGAGGGAGGGGAGCUGGAGGCGCAGGGCUCGGAGCAGAGGCCGGCGCCGAAGCAGAAGGGCAAGAAGAAGGCCGGCCCCGAGAGCAGGCAGUGCACGGACCCGGAGCUCAGGGGCGCGCUGCAGGGCCUGCUGCUGGUGUCCGUGAGCACGGGGCACCAGGUGCUGGUGACGUCGGGGCUGCCGGGAGGGGAGCACGCUGCCCGAUCGGUGGGCCUGCGGCUGCAGCCGCUGGCCGAGGCCCCCGCGCUUCCCUGCGCCGCGCAGACAUGGGAGUUUCCCGAGGGGACCGGCGACGGGCUGGUGGUGGCGGCGACGCACAAGUCCCACAAGGACAGCCUCGAGGCCACGAGCCUGCAGCUCUUUCUCCCCGGCGAGGGCGACGAGCCGGGGCCCGCCCUCGCGGCCAGGUCGGCCGACGGGCUGGACGGCGGCGUGGCCUCCAUGGCCCUGCGGGCGAGGCCUGGCGCGCAGCCGUGCUGCUCCCACGCGCUGUGCGGGACCUCGAAGGGCGACCUCACCGUGGUGCUCCUGCAGUGGCCGGCGCAGUCGGAGGCAGCCGAGGCAGGGCCGCUGUGGCCCGUCCUGGCGCGGAGGCGGCAGGCUCACGGCAAGGGCGUGACGGACGUGAGGUGGCGCGACGCCGCUGGCACCGGAGACUCCGGCGCCUGCAUGUCGGCGGGCCUGGACGGCAGCGUCAAGGUGUGGAGCUUCGGUGGGCCCGGCGGGCCAAAUCUGCCCCCGCUGGCGGGCCGCCCCGCGGGUGGGCCGGCGGCA